AUGCACUCGGGAGGUGAAAUUGAGUGGCUUUUUCCACCACACGGUAGUGAUGCUGGUGUUGCUACUGCCGAUGAUUCUGAACUACAAACACAAGAAGAACACGUUAAAUUAAUAACCACAGAGAUACUAAAGCAAGAAGAUGCCACGGUGAAGAGUAGUUGUAGCAACAGCAGCAGCAAGGCUCGCAGUGGUAUGGCCUUGUUGAUGAGAAAGCUCGGAAAGAAGGCUUCUUUGAGCAAGUUACUUCGGAAAAAUGUUGGAUCGGAGAUUAAUGAGAAAUUGUUGCUGCACAUUCAUCAUAACGAAGGUGGAAUGGCAUCUACAUCAUCAUCAUCUACUAUGACUGCUUCAUCUCAUCAAUCUCAGAUUUAUAAUGAUGAAUUGGAUGGGUUAGAUCAAUAUUUAAACACUUCCUCUCAUUUGGAAGAUAUUCCUAUGGAAGAGAUUUUUAUGGAUGAUUUUGAAUUUUCAAACACAUCUUCUCGAUCUCAAACAUCGAGUACAACAGCAUCAUCAACAACUAAUGGCAACAAAGAAUCACAACCAACAUGUACAACACCCAAAACAGAAGUUAUUUUGGAUGAUUUGAAUGAUCGUCACAGACAAAUGAUGCACAUUGUGAAAGGUGUGGACGCUGUUGCUCAUAAUUUUAAUUUAGCUCCCUCAACUCCCGAUCAACGAUAUCUGAAUCACUAUAUUCGUGACAAUGAUGAUUGUAGCUCUAGCUCUGGUAAAGCCAGAACUUUAAGUGAUCAAGAAAGCGAUUUCAGCUCGGAACGAGGAGAUUUUGAAAGUGAACAAUGCUUUCAGUUCUCGAAUGAUCAUCUUGACAAUUAUGUGUUUCUUCCAGAUGAGCUAUGCUACAAAAUAUUUUCCUAUCUCGAUUAUGAAUUCGUCGUUUUGACUAUUUCUCGUGUAAAUAGACAGUUUUUAAGCGUCAGUAAUAGUGGAGGGUUUUGGAUUCCUUUCAUCAAAUCAAGAAAAUGUUCCGAAUCCAUUAACAUUUUAUCACAUUAUCUGUACAGCGCUCCUUCUAUUCGAUCCAUAGCUCAUCAAUCCAAAACAGAAGAUACCACAACUACUACCACCACAAAUGAAUCAAUAACAGAUACAACAGAACAAGAUUUGACAGAAAAUGCGCCAAUAACAUCACAAACCGACACAACCACUUCCUCUCAUGUAUUGAGUCAUGAUCCAGUCAAUCACUUAACAAUUUAUAGAACGCUCUUCUUGAGCUUUCUUUAUCACAAACGUAAUUUGAAACGAUGGUUCUUUAUCACAGAAGCCAAUUAUUAUUUAUUGUUUGUAGCUCCAUUGGCUUUGCUUACUUUCCUUUUCCUUGCCUCCUAUGUAUUUCCUGUGUUUCCUCAAUUUUACAAGUUAAAUUUAUUUCAAGCCAAUGCAGAAAAGUCCGUUCCUAACCCAUCACUAUUGACAGAUAAUCCACUAACUCGAAGACCUACCAUUUAUAUAGAAGGAAUAGGGGAAACAUUUUCGAAAUUUGCGCUUGGUCUUUUUGGACUUUGCGUUUGUUUAAUUAUUUGCUCGUUUUUAUUAAUUAAGCCCUUAACAACCAGAGUACUCAAGACCUACAGCUUGACAAAUGUUCCUCCAGAGGAUUGUUCUAUGUUCACUAAAUCCAUAAUAUCCAAGGUCAAACAAUCAGACUCUUCAUCCUUAAUUCGGUCACCGACUGAAGUACUUCCACUUUCACUUCGAAAGAAAUUAUUCAGAAAUAUUUUAGGCCACGAAAUGCUUUGGACCCAAGAACAUUUUGUGAGAAACAUGAUGCUACUGCCACUUUUAAUUUGUAUUCUGUCAGUCAUGUUGAAAAAUUUUAUUUAUAUUCCAGUUAUUUCAGAAAGUUAUCAUGUGGUCCUGAGCUCACCUGCCUAUUUGAUUAUUUUGGUUCUCAUCAAAAAACAUUGGUACAUGGUUUUCAAAACACAAGGAUUUUUUUCCAUUCUUAUUUGCUAUGCAUGCUUCCACUUUCUAAUGAAUCAACUGAAGUGGGAUAUGUUGAUCAGACCAAUGUUCUAUUUUCUGGGCCAAGUUGUUGGAGUGUGGGCUUACAUUAUUCUCAACUUUUGGGUAUUGGGAGGACCAAAUAGUAGUGGUAUUCCAUGUGCAAAUUAA